AUGCUCCGCACCCUAUAUAUCUUUCUCGCAAUCUACAUUCUGCGCGGAUGUCCGAAAAUUAUGCGUAGGUUUUCAGUAUAUUUUUCGCCUAAAAUUUGUAUAUUCAGAAGCAAUGCCUCAUUUUUGAAAUAAUCUAGUAAGUAAUUAUGAUGAUUUCUUAAGUUAUAUUUAAGAGGAUAGAAAGACCGACUCAAGUCACUGGGUGUGCUGAUGAAGGCCGUUCAUAGGCUUCCUGCGUUUUUUAACAAUAGUAAUCCUUGCGUGGUAUAAAUGCAUUUUUGGUUAUGAGAAAAGCAGGAACUAGAAAGAAAUAUAAUAUCUCAAUAAACAAUUCGAUUUCGUCCGACUACAUAUAUCUGUAAAUAAGCAGUAAUUCCAGAAGCACACUAACAAUUUUUCUCUCGAUCUGAACAUAAAAGAUUAAUGCAAGUGCGUAUAAAUUAUUCCUUAUUUUUCCAGAUAUAUUUCUAACAUGUGAUAAACGAAGACCCAAGUCCGGAAGCAUGUGUCCUAUGCUUUUUAAAAAUCAUUGACAUCAAUGUAGAGUUCAAGACCUUUAAAUGUCAGCAGGAUGUACGAGAUAUCUUGCGAGAGGGAAGCAAUUUUAACAAGAAAUUUUUAGUAUGCAUGGGCAAAUAAAGUAAAAGGUCGGUAGAUCACAACUUUCUGAGAAGUAGAGAAGGGCAGGAAAAUUUGAUCUGUGUACUCGUGCAAUACUAGACAAACACAUUAGUAAAACGCUUGUCAAUGGAAUGCAAAAACCAACCGCAAAUUAUUCACGGAAGAAGAGGAUAAAUUCUGUUGAUAUCAAAGAGGUUUCCCAAAAAAUAAUCCAUCUCAAAUGCAUCAAGGAAAACUCCUAAGUAAUAAUGAAAUGAGAUCCAGCUAACUUAAUACACUACAGAAAUCUUAAAGGUAAUAAUAAAAAGGAAAAUUCAAAACGCUCGAACAUCACAACUAAAGAGUAACCCACGUUUAUAGAACUUUGGACCUAUUUCCGCGAGGAAAGCUAAAUCAAUAUGAGAGCAAAAUCAGCAAGAAAUUAAUAGCAAAAUUGACUUAUGAAGAAAUAAUGUCCCGUUAAAAUUAUGCCACUGUACUGUAGGCGGAUUAGUCAAAUGUUUAAGAGCUAAGUUGGUAAUGCGAUAACGUCAAUUUUUUUAUGACGGAUAAGACACAAAAGUGUAAUCUUCCAUAUGCAAAAUUCAACCUAUAUUCAUACUUAGGGAUGUCCAUAAUUUGCUUUCUUGUCAACCAUUUCCUAUUUUUAUUAUCAAAACUAAACUCAUAUAACAUGUGACAAAAAUUUAGCUUCAUAUUUCAUGCGGUUUUUCACAACUUGUGCGGGUAAACUAUUCGGAAUACCAGAAAUGUAACUUGGGUCUUUCUGAAAGUACAUUGCAUCUUUGGCCCAAGGUCAAGUUUUUUACUUAAAGGACAAUGACAUAACCAUUCGAACUGAAAGGUCCAUCAAUCACAUGCUAUGACAGGGCGGCCAACGCACAUGUAUCGAUUAACUUACUUUCCCUUUUAUAUCAGCACUUGUUGAUCAUAGCCGAGGGAACACGACUACUUGGACUUCGAAUUUCACCUCCAUUCGCGCCACCUCGAAGCCAAACGACGUGCCUGUCAACCCCUUUGGAGAAUACGAUGCCUCCUUUGAUGCCGAGCAUUCGCGAAACGCCCUGUCUGUGGGCAAUAUUUAUGCUAGCAUUACCCCGUCCAACGUUUACGCCCAUGUUCAACCCCGCGCCCUUGCCAGUACAUCAAAACAACAAACAGGUAUCUUUCCGCUUCGCCUUAUGUACAUAAAUCUGCGCAUAGUUAUGAAGAUUCUGAAGUAAACGGACUGGCAAUAUUGCUCCUAAUUAUUACGAGUAAGACUCACAUUGGGAAACAAUUGCAUAAACAACCAGGCAACUAACCAUUUGGGCAUAAAAGGCCUGAUCAUAUACUUAUCAGUAAGGCAGAUGAACGCGCGACCACUGAGACAGCACAAACUUUGACCUGAGCCUUCGGUCCCACAUAGGAGGCCAUUACCAGAGACCGUAAGAGUGAAACGUCCAAUGAACAGUUUAUGUAGUCGAACAUGGUAAAGGUAAGAGGUAGGGGCAGACGGAUGCUGUUGCGAUUAAGCUGAGUCCCAGUGAUCGUGCGUUCGUCUUCUUUACAACAAGAACCGUGGAUUCCAAUAUUCGUUUACAUAUACCUAUCCAUUCACGGACAUUGUGUUAUUAGUGUCCUCACCCAGCUAGAGAAAUUUCUAUUUUGGAAUUACGACGGUUUAAUUUAUAUCGUUUGAUGGGAUAUGCAGCAUCGUGUUUUGGUCUGCCAAAUGUGAGCGCAGUUGCAUAAGUGUCUAGGUCUCGAGAACUCGUUGUCAUAAGUAUUCCUCAUAUCAAUUUGAAGUCAUCUUCAAAUACGCAUGCUAAAUUUUACAUUAUGUACAACCCUUUGAAGCCACAGUAACGCUGCUACGACAGCGGAUAGCUUCAGAAACAAACACACGUUCGGCUAGCCUGCGCUUAAUGCACAAACCUAACAAGAAAAGCAGGUAAUGCCCUCCCUGCAAAUGCAUCUUUCUGAAGUGUGUUCCGCCUAACUUUAAAUAGUAUCGAGUGCAAUACGUGGAUGUUUUUGACAAUGUGCUUGCGUCUGGAAUUUUUAUGAAAUCCAGAACAAUAGGAAAACGCUAAUUUUACAAGUCUUCCUAUAAUUUGCCUCAUAUACAACUCAUUGGUUAUGAGUACACGCAUGCAUUACCCUGAGUUUUGAUUGGCAUACGCCUAUCAUGAACUACCUCCAGAAAAUCUCAAAAUGAAUCUGCUCUUUAAAACUUUAUUUUUCAGAAAAGGCCCUCGUUGGUUAAGCGUGUCUCGGUGAACCCAAUGUGGUCUUCCAGUGUAGAACCCAUGACAAACCAACUUAUAGUGUUACCCAAAUAGCAGCUCAGAACAGAGCACUGUUUGUUCGAAUUUCGCAUUUGGAAUAUUAUUGCAUAUGCUAGUUUUCAUAAAACGGACCCACACAUGCUACCCUUUGAUACCAACCUGAAGCCAAAUAACUACUAUUGAUCCGACGACUGCACAUUCCUUUAAGUUCUCAUUGUGAAAGAUCAAAAUGUUCAUCAACACUAGGAAAAUUUACAUUAGAUUACAAAAUUUAAAGUGCGUUGCACGAACAAUAUGGUUUUUCGAGUCAACACAGUAUGAAGUUUAACGUAAUUAAUAAUUUUGAAAGGCGACUAACGCUGCAACUCUCCGCGCACUUCCCUUCUCACCCCACUCCUGACACUGACCGCUAUUACCUCCAACAUCGUUCCCCUAAAUCCCACAUCCCGCCCGUGUUGUAAGACGACCUUUAAUCGAUUUCACCUAUCACUGGCAUGUGAUUACGUCCACCCCAUUCGCCUAUAAGCGUACUGGUCCGAAGCGAAUUAAUCAAAAGCUUCGUAUGCCCGCCACCUCGUUUUCUGAUUAAUAACACUACCAAAGAGUUUAAAACUGACUAAUAACAUCCACAAAAUCCAUAGUACAAUGCUAUUUCAGGUAACGUCCAACUGUCGUAACAAGAGAAUAUUGCCUCAGGCCGAAAUUACAAAAAUCAACAUUUCAGGAAAAACAGAUGUAAACUACACUAACUGUGAAGUUUAUCCAUUUUUCUUAUGCCUCCCAGGUACGCUAGCGCAGCUGGUCAGACGCUGGCCCGUCUUUUUGAUAGCGGGUUCAAUUUUCUGUGCUGCCGUCGUAAGUUUCUAGUUAACAGAGUUUAAUUUAAUAUAUACAAGCAUACCAUAAGAGCCAUAAUCAUUUCAAAUAUCAGAAAAGUUUAUUUUUAUCCGGAAAUCCCUAUUUGAUUUCGUUUUUUUUUACUUAUUUUCUGCUUGCUCAUCAUCCUCAUUUGGCAACCUUAUGACAGCAUAAAAACACUAAUGAUUUGCGAUUAAAAAAUGUUACCGCAUACUCAGGGGUCGGGUUCAAAUCAUCAGUGUGGACGUUUUACCCACGAAAGCAGAUAAUACCUAUGAUCUCAUCUGGUAGGUCCAUAUGUCUGUUUGAGGUUUCGGUGUAUAUCUAUUAAAAAGCACUUAUGUACAUCACCUGUUGGCAGCAAAGCUUUCAAUCGGUACUGUGCAAACUUAAGACCUAGCUGAGUCGUCACCUUAAAUAGAGUAAGCAUGUUUCCAUUUAUGCUUAUGCUGGACGAUGAUGAAUCAUCGUUACCCAAAUACAAACAAAUCCUUGCCACAACAAUUGCAAGCUAUACUGAUGUGACUGUUAAUGUUUUCAAUAAUAUUAAACUACAUAGAGCUUAACACCUGAUAGUGCACUUCGUUUCAAAGAAACAGUGUUAAGAUCCAUGUGCUUGCUUUCCUGUAAAGACGUGUACAAACCGCCACCGACUGCAUUUUGGUUUCGAUAUUUUCCUAAGACAUAUCUGACACCACCAGCGAGUCAUAUAAAUAAAGUUUUAUCUUUCGCAGCGGACUCCGCUAGCCGAACUAAAAAUAACUAUUCGUUGUGGUCAGACAGCUCUCGGUACUGACGAGCUGCCAAAUUGGUGCUGUGGACGACUACAUGUAGUUUCUUUUUUUCCGGCUCAGCUUUGCCGCAUUUAAUGACGACACUUAUUUCAGAUAGGGAUACAUACAAUAGCUAUAAUUCAAUGAAAAUUCAGUUGAAUUCCGUGUUUCACUAAUACCUUCCGAAUCAGCCUCGAUGACAAGCAGCUUCUAAUAGAUUCAUAAAAUGGCGAAAUUCACAAAGGAUGCAAGUACGUUUGUUAAUGUGUUCAAAAUCACCUAGGAAAUACAGAUAUGUAUUUGCAAACUCUCACGGGUGUUGUGUUUAGUAAGUCAAUAUUAUCCACGCGAUUGGAAUUCCACUCCACGUGUUUAUUUAGUGUACAUAAAUUUCUGAUCUCUAUCAUCACAUUCACCGCUCUAAAUAUGACUUGCAGCUUUCCUUCGCAAGGUGCCUUUGCCAAAUUUAAUCAACUGCUCAUAUACACAGACUUCAGUAUUUCAAAUGUUUUUGAUGUUUCUUUACAGGGGUUGACGGUUUAUUUGGUGUCCAAAUCCAUAAGAGAAUACGAGACGUGCAGAAGGUCAAGGUGA